AUGGGAGUGGACUCGUCUGAAAAGUAUACGCUGUUCUUCUUGGCGCUCUGUACGCUCUGCCUCACUACGACCAUCAUCAUCUACUGCCAUCAUGCCGACCACACGAGCAAGGAGGAGAGUCUCGAUGAGAUCAAGGCCCAGGUGGACGUCCUCAGGGAGCGCGUCACGGACCUCCUUCUCGAAGUAGAGCAGGGAGGCGGCCGCACCCACAACAACAAACUGGACAUCAGCGACGGCCAGCCCCGCAUCGAACGACCCGCAGGACACGUCAAAGUGGACCGCAGGAAGGUCUAUGCCACCCUCUACCACAACACCGCCAACGAUGUCGGCUACGUGUGGGGCCUCAGGGUGAUGAUCCACUCGGCGCGGUUGGCAGGAUGCGUGCAGCCGUUCGUGGUGAUGCACCUGAUGACCUUCGAGCAGGUGGAGAAGAGCCUCGGCCACGAGGUGAUGCGCGAGCUCAUGGAGGCCAACGUCUCCUUCCGCAAGAUCGAGAGCGUGGACAAGGUCUUUGGCUCGGGCGCCUUCGCCCACAUCGCCAAGAGCCGCUGGCAGGUGGCCAUCAACAAAGUACGCGUCUGGGAGAUGACCGAAUUCGAGAAGGUGCUGUUCAUCGACCUGGACAGCGUGGUGCUCAAGAACCUAGACUUCUUGUUCUCCUACCCUGAGCUCACCGUCUCCAACGACCAGGCUGCGCUGGACAAGAUGCGCACCUACGAGGUCCUCAACCCGGGGUUCAUGUUGGUGCAGCCCAACGCGUCGACCUUCCAGUCCUUCGUCCGCUUCUCCAAACGCAUCAGCGCCGAGGACAGCGUCAUGAGCACCGCCGAGCAAGGCAUGUUGAUCUCGCUGUAUCCGCACCCGGUGCUCCUGCCCAACACGUUCGCGAUGACGCCCGCGGCGGCGCCUCUGCUGAUCGACCGCGAGUUCGGGUGGGCCGACGUGUUCUCGCUCCACUUCUACGACACGGAGACCGAGAUCGUGCCCAAGCCGUGGACGGUCGCGUACCCGCUGACGCCGAGCGGCAAGGGCCACCACUGGGACGUGCCCUACGCGCUGUGGUGGCAGGCCCGACAGCGGCUGGUCUCCAACGACCGCCGUCCGCUCGAACAGAACGGCUUCACCGUGCUAGCCUAG